UUUAGUGACAUCGGGAGAAAAGACUGCAAAGGACCUCCAACUGAAAAAUCAAGAAAUCCAGAAUCAUUUUUAAUAUCAUAUAUCAUCUCCGACUCCUUGAAGUCCGCUCAUCAAGCGACAGCAGCGCUGCUUCAGCUCGUCUCUCCUCUUCGCGCUCUGUGAUUGGUCCAGAGCUGAUAGCACCACAGGACUGAACAUCAGCCUCUUUACAAAGCGCUUACUCCGCUCCUCUCAGAGCGACGGGCGCUGAGCGGCGGCGUUGAUGCAAACGGAGCAACAUCUGUUGCGUUUCGUCUCCCUUCUUGGACAGACCGUUCACUGAGAAGACGCGUGGCUGAUGAAGGUCGAUAACAAGGAUGCCAUUCAUUUGUCCGUUCACCUGGCUCUCUCUUCGUCUUCUACCACCUAACGUGGAUAACGUGGACCUUUGAAGAGUCUUUGCAAGUCUUUAGCCCUAUAAAACAUUGGCUUUGAGCACUGUGGAUGCAUGACCUGUGCAGCAAGGGAAAUAAAGAGCAGGAGAAGAAAAAACCGAGAUGAGCCCAACUGACGAUUGGCAGGAGCUCUAUCCCCUCAACGUUUUGUCUCAGGGCCGCUAAACAUAACAUACAUCUCUUGCCCAUACCGAGACCCUCACAGGACUUCCAAAGUACCCCUCAGAGGGGUGAUGCCAGUGUUGCUUAAUGCCGACGCCUCUUUUAGCUCCAGGCAGGAGCUCCUGGACCUUCAGGACUGUCCCCUCAAUGGGGGCCGCUCUUUGGACACCCCUAGUCCCGUGGACUCCCAGACAGGAAGCCCUCUAAGGUCUGGUCCAAGAAGCCCUGGCAGGUCAGGAGCUGAUGACCUCGCUGGAGCCCUUAUUUUCACAAGGGCUUCGAUGCUGCCGGGGCAGUUAUAUGGAGAGAGCAGUCAGCCUGAUACAGAGGCUCCUUUGGGGUUGACACUAAAGUCCAAUGACUCUGAUCAACUCUGCGGUUGGGGGGCUCUGAAGCCUAACAUCAUCCAAGUGUUCAACACCCCUCGUUGGGUGCUGUUCUUUCUUUGUGUGGCCUCUUUUCUCCAGGGAAUGAUAGUCAACGGUUUGAUCAACACGGUGGUGACCUCCAUCGAGCGACGCUUUGACCUGCCCAGCUACCAGGCCGGUCUCAUUGCCAGCUCCUAUGACAUUGCUGCCUGUGUCUGUCUGGCCUUUGUCAGUUACUUUGGUGGUACUGGACACAAGCCCCGCUGGCUGGGAUGGGGCGUACUCAUUAUGGCCCUGGGUUCCUUGGUGUUCACCUUGCCUCAUUUCACUGCUCCUCCCUACUUGGUCAGUUUGCAGGAGCAAAUAGGAAUGUGUUCUGCCAACAGUACCAGCCCGUGCCAGAACAAGGAGAGAGGAGGACUGUCCAGUUAUCGUUUUGUGUUCAUGCUGGGACAGUUUUUGCACGGUAUCGGCGCCACACCUCUGUACACGUUAGGGGUCACGUACCUGGAUGAGAAUGUCAGCUCCAACUAUGGACCUGUUUACAUGGGGAUCUUCUACACAGCAGCUAUUGUGGGGCCUGCUGCAGGCUACCUGCUGGGAGGUUACUUCCUCACCAUCUACACAGAGAUUCAUCUGGCAACAGAAAUGACUCCAGAAAACCCACACUGGGUUGGGGCUUGGUGGAUCGGCUUCCUGGCAGGAGGAGCAGCUGCUUUACUGGUGGCUUUCCCCAUCCUUGGAUACCCACAACAACUGCCAGGCUCCCAGGAGCAUGUGGCGGGGCGCGUGUCUGAGGCCCACCAGCUGAAAGAUGGAAGCCACAAUACAGCCUCUGACCCUCAGUUUGGAAAAUCAGUCAAAGACAUGCCAAGGUCUGUGCUGCUUCUCUUGAAGAACCCUACUUUCCUCUUCUUGUGUUUGGCGGGAGCCACUGAGGCCACGCUCAUCGCAGGCAUGUCCACCUUUGGUCCAAAGUUCUUGGAGUCCCAGUUCAGUCUCAGCGCGUCUGAAGCUGCCACCUUGUUCGGAUACAUGGUGGUACCAGCAGGGGGCGGUGGCACGUUUUUAGGCGGCUACAUCGUGAAGAGGCUGAACUUGCGUUGUCGAGGCAUCAUACGCUUCUGCAUGCUGUGCGCUCUGGUCAGUCUGCUCGCCAUCUUCAUCUUCCUCGUCCACUGCCCCAAUGUGCCCAUGGCUGGGGUCACGGCCCCUUAUCAGCUGGGGCUGAUGGGGAAGGACCAGCUGGACCACUACAAACAUCUGUAUGACAAACCCAAGAAACCGCGACUCAGAAACAGGUCUGCUCUGGACAUGAACCUCACAGUGAGUUGUAAUGCAGCUUGUAACUGUGCCAGAGAAGUGUACAACCCAGUGUGUGGGGCGGACGGGGUGAUGUAUUACUCCCCGUGCCACGCCGGCUGCACCACCAUCAACCACACAGAACCGUCCACAGGCAGACAGGUGUACUCUGGGUGUGCCUGUGUGAUGGGGAACGUAUCGUGGGGUGAGGAGGGCUUCGCUCUGACAGGGAAGUGCAGCAGCUCCUGCCACCACAUGCCAGUCUUCCUCUCCUUGCUCUUCGUCAUCAUUUGCUUCACCUUUCUCUGUAGCAUCCCAGCUCUCACUGCCACUCUCAGAUGUGUACCAGAUAGUCAGAGAUCCUUUGCUCUCGGCAUCCAGUGGAUAGUGGUGCGCACACUUGGCAGUAUUCCAGGACCGAUUGCAUUUGGUUCAGUGAUUGAUAUUUCCUGCUUAUUGUGGCAAGACCAGUGUGGCGAUCAAGGCUCCUGCUACAUCUAUCACAACUCAGCCAUGAGUCAGUACACACUUGUCGCUGGAAUCAUCUUCAAGCUUUUGGGUACCAUCUUUUUCCUCGUAGCCAGCGUUCUCUACCAGCCACCUCCAGAGUCUCCUCAGACCAGCUGCGAGAGCACAGACCAGGGAACGGAGCACGCAAGCGACCUGCCAGUCAAAGAUCUGCCAGAAGAUGGCGUCAUUAUCAACCUGCAUGCCAGGUUAUGACAUCUUAGACCCUCCAUUCCAAAUACAGAGUCUCUGUUUGUGUAUUAUUAAAAAAAAAAUACCCAGGAUGCCUUCAUGCACAAAUGCACAUACACCCAGACAGGGUGUGUAGCACUUCUAACAUGCUGCUCUUUUAGAAUGAAAUCGUGCUUUGACUGCAUGUGUUUCUGACAUGUAUGUUUGAUUGACUCAGCGAAAGCCUCACAAAGUUAUUUCUCCUAGCUUUUCAUCUCUAAAAAUAACUCAGAUCUGAUCAGUUAAGUGACUUCAAGUCGGUGGUGUGUGUAUCAUCUUGACUGUGUCCAGCUUAACACCAUCUUUCAAAGAUCGAUUAGAUUCCUCACAGAAACAUUUUGCAGUUUUGAAAGAGUAAGAGUAGAAAAAAAAGGAAUCUCCUAUUUGUCCGUUGUUUUACAGUGACUGACUGGAAGAUACGAUCGGUUUUCUAAGAACAGAUAAAGCCAUGUUUUAAGAUGCUGUAAGAAUCCUCAAGGCCAGUGAAAAUGUAGCCAAAUAUUCUUCUUCUCACAGGAAGUAAAGCAGAGUACUGAACGGCCCUUACAUCAGAGAAAGUAUUGAGGCUCUAUCAUGCUUUCAACACUUUAAUGCAAAAUUCAUAUUCUUACCAUUUUCCUAGUUAGCUUACACAAAAUGUCCCUUUUUGAAGGCUGCGAGGCAGUUUUUCCUAAAACAAACAAACAAAAAACACGUUAGCCCGUAGUGUGUGAUCUUCGAAAUGUCUCUAGAAACUGUUCACAUUUGGAUAUUGACAACGGAUUCCAGUCUUCCUGGCAGAUUCUGCCACACUCUGAUUGAGUUGGUUUGUAACAUGAGAUUCUGUUGAUGAUCUGUUAUGUUUAACUCUGAACUUUUAAUGGACUCUCACUACUCAGGGGCAUUCUUGGACAUGCCUUGUCUCCAGCUUUGUCUUGAGUGUACACUCUGUUGAGGGCUCGACACAAAGGAGAUGACAUCACUCCCUCUCCGUUCAUCUCCUAUGGAGCUUAGGGCACCAUUGACUAGCCUUUCUCCUGGCAAGUUAAUGGCAAGAUUUGCUCAUAGGACAUUUUGAGCUCAUACAUACAUGUAAACCUGCACACAUGAGUUUUUGACAUGACACAAGAAAGAUAAUAAUGUUCAACUUUUCAUGCAGUCGUCGCUACUGUGUCCUGUGUGUUGGGUUUCGCCACAAGUGGUGAAAACUUUUGUCUUUCGCUGUUGUUUGUCACCCCUCGUGUGUCGAGCCAUUACAGUGUCUCUUGUCCCUUUUUAUAUUCGUAGUCUGAAGUAGUUUAGCUUCAAGAAUCUUAAAUGAUUAUGACAAUUCUGCCCUCUGCUAUGAACUCUGUGUCCCAAAGGAACCCAGAGCAAACGUCUACCAUUACCUUGCUUCAUUCUUGGGAUGAUAAUUGCAAGGGACAUUUGUUGGAUAGGAUCCAUCAGAAGCAAUUGAUGUGUUGUUGGUGCAAAGCAAGGAGAGAACAGAAUCAGGGAGAACCAGAACAUUUCAAGGAUGUGAAAAUUCAACUAGAUGGUGGAUGGUCUCUCUUAGCGAGACCAUCCACCAUCUCUAAAAUGUAUUAAAAACACAGUUUGCUCCCCGUUAUGCAUGGUAGAGUGUGUGUGUUUUCUAAAGGUAUUGAGCAUGCAUAAAACAUUUAAAUCAAAGGAGCUUGUGGGUGGUGGAGUGUAAAGACAGCUGUGGGAGCGCUGCCAUGGUGGUCUCAUUCAGACUCCAACCUCAUCACAAUGGUAGUGUCACCACAUUGUCUUGUAGCACUUAGCUUAAUGCUAACAGCACAGUUCUACAAAGUCUCUGCUAUUGUGAAGUGAUACGGCUUUAACAGUGGCAUGAAUGACUUCACUUAAGGACAUUUUCCAAAUUUGCCUUGAUCAAGCCACACUCUAAUGGGUCAUGUUGUUCUUGGAGAGCACAGCCGGGUCUUCCUCCGGUGGGAAGGUUUCUGGAAAUCUCCAAACAGUCUGCCAUGUGCCUUUUUUUUCUUUGUGGCUUCAGUCAAACGUUUGUACCAGUCAGUCUCUGACAAGAAAUUCGGCUGGUGUACUUGUGAGCGUUUUUCUUUUUCAGUCUUUGCACUCACGCCUUUGGAAAUAUUGCUUGUGUUAUUAUGGAGAGAAGAGAAUUUGGUAGUUUGGUAUGUGACGGCUUGCUUUUUAGUCCUGAUAGGGUUUCAGAAACCUUCCCUCCAAGUCAGGCUUCAAGUUUCUUUGCUUUAGUUAAUCUGCGAAAUCCGCUCAAGAGGUCUUUCUUUCGAUAGCAAAUAUAUGAUGAUGUGCACAUCGAUUAUCAUCACAGGUGAAUAGCACAAACUAACAAACGCAUUUUCACCUUGAGAAGCACAUGAAUACUUUUGAAAGCAACUGUACAAGAGAUUUUAGAUUCAAAGGUAGCGAUAUUUUGGCUUCUGCUGAUGUGGAAUUAUGACGCCUGUCAUACAUCAAUGACAUAAAAGUGAACAAGACUGUUCAGCCUGCAGAUGCUUUGAAAACAAUCGGGUUCGUAUCCGAUUUAGUUCCACAUAGGGAAGAGGCACAAGUAGAUUUUUUUCAAAAAGUCGGACGAAAGUCGAAACUGGGCAAAACAAGCGGACUCUAUGACAUUUGCCUGUCGUGUGAACGUAACCUAUGUUGCUCUAUUUUCCAGCUGACAGUGGUCUUUAGUGCAAUCUUAUUUUAAAAAGAUUGUACAACUGUGUGCUGAGAAAUACCAACAGCAAAAAGGUGGAUUUGAGCAAGAAAUUCAACCAAAUACUAAUCAAACUUCACUAGAAAUUCAUGACUUAGUCUCAAACAUCAAAUUGAUAUUUUGUAACAAUAGCUUAUCACGAUGAGGUAAUAAACGUUACAAUAUAUGUGAUUUAGCAAUGAACAGCAUGCCUCAAAACAUAUGUGAAUGGCUUUGCGAAGGCUGGAUGGAAAUAUCCCUACGUUUUAUUCUUCAAGCUACAAACAUUUGGAAUCACCCGCAGCCUGACUACCUUUGCAUAAUUCUUUGUAUGUGUUUAUGUUAGAUAUGGGAUGUUAAUCCCACGCCUCUGGAUGAAAGGUGGGAACUUUCUGGUAUUGAUUUAAUUUGACAAUGUCCCACUAGAUGGCACUCUUUACCCUAUAAUGUUUCUUUGAUGGAUCUGAAUACAAUGACGGAUGAAUGUCUGGGCUGAAGAGAAUAAACCCAAAAUCUAACAGGCAUAUUAACAUGCUGGUCGAAGUUAUAUAAAAUAAAAUGAAAACAUGCACAUAUUUUUUAAAACCUGUUAUCUACAACUGAUUUACUCUCAGUAAACUGUAUUUAUUUAGACGUAGGAGCUAAAAGGUUAUGGGGAAAAAAUUACAGAUUUUUUCAACUAUCCUUAGCUUGUUGGUUCUGUAGCAAUAUAAAGAUUUUUAUGGGCAACAAAUGAAAUAAAAAUACAAUAUUUUCUGAACCCAAAUUAGUAAAAAAAAAAUUCCGAUUCCUAUGACUUUCUAUAUAAUUGUGUUUAGCCAAACAUAAGACAAUAUCUGAUAAUAAAACAUCUUCACAAUAACUCUAAACCCCAGCUUGGACAUUCAGCACGGUAAAGUUGCAAGCGAUUCUUUAAAAGUUAUCCGCAGCAAACUGCUGACCUGAUGUGAAACAUUUGCACUUCAGUACCUGACCCCAAAUGGAAUGACGGGAUUUUGCUUCAGUGUUUGGCUGUUCAGUUAUUUAGUCUGACAGCCUUGCUCAUUUCAAAACUCAAAAGGAUUGCUCUUCAGCAGUAGGUUAAGUGAAACCAAAGUCAAUCAAAUAUAUACUACUAUUUAUAUAUAUAUAUAUAUAUAUAUAUACUACUAUUGUCUAUCUGCCUACCAAACGUAGGCAGAUAGACACAUGAAAAUCCAGUAAAUCCAGUUUGAGUAAUCCCAAGAUAUCCAUCUUUUAGUUCAUGAGGGAAAUUGUUUUGUUUGACUGAAUGAUGUGUUAGUCCUGAAAGAGAUGAGGCACAUUGGUAACACACAGUAAAUUCUACAGUGCAUUUUACGUUUGGACCUAAUUAUUUCAGUACUGUAACUCUGCAAUCGUGCCAAAGCAGCUUUGCAAAUUAACUGUUGGUCUUUAUUUUGUAUCCACAUAUUUAUGCAAAUAAUUUAUGUAUGAUAUCUUGCACUUAAAUUUUUAAAUCAGCGGUGUAAUGUUAAAAGUGCUGAUACUCUAUGCUGUCAUUCUCCUGUUUGUGAUGUAAGAUCCCACCCGCUGUGCUGAUCUGUAUUCUUACUGUGUUCCAUCCUCAUGUUAUGAGUGACCUUGACAACCUUCAGCUGAUGGCGAACAAUUAUUUCCCCCGAUAUCUGUAAAUCAUUUUUACCUGUGCUUUUCUCUGUCUCCUAGCUCAGAAUAUCAAAUGUAUAAAACCCUUUUGUUAAACUGCAUAUUCAUUUGUUUUUGUGGAGUAUGUUGUUUUUAAUGGAAGCUGUGAACAUUUUUUUUUUUUUUUUAUUGAAU